AUGGCUGUCAGUGCCGCAAGUGUUGGACAUUUACCAGAAUUUAGUUUCAAAAACAGUGAUUGGACAAUCUAUAAAGCGCGAUUAAACAAUUAUUUUGUGGCGAACGGCAUUCAAGAUGAUGUUAAAAAACGUGCUAUUUUGUUAAAUUGUUUAUGUGAGCAAACAUAUAAACUGGUUUAUGACUUGUGUAUUCCUAAAACGCCAGAAGAACAGUCAUUUGAUAAUUUAAUUAAAGUGUUAAAUAAUCAUUUUGCACCAAAAGCGUCGUGUUUGGCGGCAAGAUACAAGUUCUACAACGCCAAAAAGACAGACACUGAAUCGGUGAAUGAUUGGGCAGCGCGAGUACGUGGUUUAGCAACACAUUGUGAGUUUGGAACAGAAUUACCAGUUGUUCUUCGUGAUAUUUUUAUCAUGGGAUUUAAUCCAGGUCCUAUUUUGGACAGGUUACUCGAGGAAAAAGUGACAGUUUCGUUAUCAAGUGCCAUUGAAAUUGCUUUCAAUAAAACAGCCGUAGUUAAUCAUUUUGAUUUGCAGAAAGUCGUUUGUAAAGAGGAACCCGACCUUCAUCAUAUCAGUUCCGGUAGCCGCCACAAGUUACGUGGUAAAUGCACGGUUUGUGGGCGAUCAACCCAUAUGGCAAAAGACUGCAAGUACCGCGACUAUUCUUGUCAUCGUUGCAACAAGAAAGGACAUCUGGCACCCGUUUGUCCAGUAAAAUCAUCUUCUCAACAAUCACCAGGGUCGUCUCACCGCAAGUCUAAAAGUAAGGUACCGUCGAAUGUUAAUCAUUUUAUGGACGAGGAAAAUGCUAGUGAGUUUGAAAAAAUGUCAUUGUUUUCAAUUACUUCUAAGCAAAAUGUGCCUAUAAUGAUAAGCGUAUUGGUCGAAGGUGUAGAACUGGAAUUUCAAUUAGAUACUGGGUCUAGUAUAUCUGCAAUUUCGUAUCAAUUGUACAGAGAACUUUUCUUUAAGUUUGCGCUUAUCGAAACCGAUAAGUCAUUGUAUUUUUAUAAUGAUUUGGAACAAAUAAUUUCCAAAUAUUCUAACGUUUUUGCACCAGGUCUUGGUAAAUUUAAUAAAGGGGUGUUUACGUUGCAAUUAAAAGAGACCACUGUAACACCAAAGUUUCACAAACCUAGACCACUGCCAUAUGCGUUAAGAGAUAAGGUAGAAAAGGAAUUAGAUAACUUAGAAAAGUUAGGUGUGAUAUCGUCUGUAGAUUAUAGUGAAUGGGCUGCACCCAUUGUGUGUGUGUUAAAAAAAAACGGUAAUGUACGUAUUUGUGGAGACUUUAAAGUUACCUGCAAUCCAUAUUUGAUAGCGGAUUUUCCUUGUAUUCCACGAAUCGAAGAUUUGUUUAGUACGUUACAAGGUGGAGAAUUUUUCUCUAAAUUAGAUUUAUCACAGGCAUACCAGCAAGUGGAAUUAGACGUAGCUUCUAAACAAUAUGUUACUAUAUCUACUCAUAAGGGUCUUUAUAGAUAUAAUAGGCUUCCAUAUGGAAUAGUUUGCGCGCCAGCAAAAUUUCAAAAAUUAAUUAAUAGCAUUUUACAAGGGCUACCUGGAGUCAUAGCAUUUUUAGAUGACAUCCUCAUUACUGGGAGAAAUGAAAAUGAGCAUUUGAAUCGAUUAAAAUCAGUCUUAAGUAAAUUACAAGAUUGUGGUUUAAAAUUAAGUCGUAAUAAAUGCUGUUUUUUUCAAAAAUCAGUUCAAUAUUUAGGAUUCGUAAUUGAUAAGGAUGGUUUACAUCCUACUGAAGAUAAAAUCCUAGCAAUUAAGAAUGCACCAAUUCCAACUAAUGUAACGCAGCUAAAAUCUUUUUUGGGACUUGUAAAUUUUUAUGGUAAAUUUGUUCCUAAUUUAGCAACGCUGUUAUACCCUUUAUAUUGUUUACUUAAAAAAAACUGUAACUGGAGUUGGACUUCAGAUUGUCAAAGGUCAUUCGAAAAAGUAAAACUUAUUUUGUUGUCUGCUGAUGUUUUGGUUCACUUCAAUCCAGAAUUGAAAAUUAAUUUGUCUGUGGAUGCAUCACAAUACGGUAUAGGUGCAAUCCUUUCUCACACAUUCGAGAAUGGAAGUGAAAAACCUAUUGCCUAUGCAUCACGUUCCUUGAAUGAAGCAGAGAAAAAAUAUAGUCAAAUAGAAAAGGAAGGUUUAGCGAUAAUUUUUGGACUGCGAAAAUUUCAUCAAUAUCUUUAUGCUAAAAGAUUUACUUUGGUCACUGAUCAUAAACCUUUAAUUUCUAUUUUCAAUCCGAAGAAAGGUAUACCUCAAUUCUGUGCAAAUCGUUUAAAACGAUGGGCAGUAAUAUUAUCGAAUUAUAAUUAUGAGAUCGAAUUUGUUCGUUCUGAACAUAAUAUGGCGGAUAGUUUAUCUCGAUUACCUUCUCCGUCACAAGAAAUUGAGGAAUCUGAUUUUGAUUAUUGUAAUUUUUUUGAAACCAACAAUGAUUUUCCUAUCGAUUUUAAGUUAGUUAAAGAUAAAACUCAACAAGAUGAAACUUUAACAGAAAUUAUAAAACGAGUUAGGUAUGGUUGGCCUGAAAAUGUUAGUUUGAAACAUGAUAAUAGUGAUCUUAAGUGCUACUUCAUUCGUAGAAAUGAAUUGACCAUUGAAGAUGAUUGCCUAUUGUGGAAAGAUAGAUUAGUUAUUCCCACGGAAUUAAGGAGCAUUCUCUUAAAUCAAUUACAUUUAACCCAUAUGGGUGUAGUAAAAAUGAAAAGUAUGGCUAGAUCGUAUUUUUGGUGGCCAAAUAUUGAUAAGGACAUAGAGAAUACUGCUAAAUUUUGUCAAUCCUGUAUAUUACAUAAAAAGUCACCUUCAAAAGCAAAAUUAUCUCCAUGGAACUGGCCAAAUUCUCCUUGGGAGAGACUACAUGUUGACUUUAUGGGACCAUUUCUUGGCAAACACUUUUUCAUAAUUUUAGACGCUCAUAGUAAGUGGAUCGAAGUUUUUCCAAUGACUACAAUUACCAGUAGUUCCACAAUUCAGGUACUGCGUACCACGUUUGCAAGAUAUGGCCUUCCUAAACUGUUAGUUUCAGACAACGGUACCCAAUUUGAAUCACUCGAAUUUAAACAAUUUUUAAGGAAAAAUGGCAUAAAAUUUAUGACCUCACCUCCCUAUUCCCCUCAUUGUAAUGGAGCCGCAGAAAACGCGGUUAAGACUAUUAAGAAUGCACUUAAAAAUGCACUAGGUAAAAACACCAAACUUGAUUUAAAUAUCAUUUUAAGUAAUUUCUUGUUUGACUAUAGAAACACUAACCAUUGUACAACAGGAGUAUCCCCCGCAUAUUUAAUGUUAGGUAGGAAUUUAAGAAAUAGGUUUAGUUUAAUUAAGCCAAACGAAAUUGUAACAAGUAGGGUUAAAGCUAGUCAGAUUAAGCAGUGCAAACAUUAUAAGGGAAAAAGUGAAGUGCGUUAUGAACCGGGUGAAGAAGUGUUGGUGAAAGAUUAUCGUGUACCCAAUAAACCAGUGUGGGUUCAGGGAUUAGUUUUAAAGCGCCGUGGUAAUUGUACUUAUAUAGUUAGAGUUCCUGAAAUUGAUAAAAUUUGGAAACGUCAUUGUAAUCAGUUGCUGAAAUUUAAACCAGUUUGUAGUCAGCCAUCAAUUCCUAUGUCAAAUUCAGAGACUCCAUCUAUAACCACCCAGGUACCACAUGAUGUAAGUAGUGAUAGCGAUAUUGACAAUGUACCAUUAGCAUUAAGUAGGGAGAGAAGACAGAUCAAACCACCGGAUAGGUUUAUGUCAUACAUUUAA